AGAAAAACUCAAGUUUUCUUAAAACAAAAAUUUACAAAUAAAAUAAACUGAAAAAUAUGGCUUCAAAACCAGAAACGACAACCACUUGUUGUUCAAAUAAACAACAAUGUAGGGAUGGCCACAACAGACAAGAAAAACACUAUUCUUCUGAUGACAAAUUCUCUUCUGACAAAUAUAUUCAAAGUACUUACAAAAAUUGUAAAUGCUGGAACAAAGACAUCACUUGUGAAUGUCAAGAUUGUCGUUGCAAAGAUGGAAGGACACGCUGUUCUGGGAAUACCUGUGACUGCAAAGACUGCGACUGCAAAAACGGAGGGAAAUGUUGUUGCGGAGAUAAUUGCAGUUGUUGUAAAUGCGACACAUGUACUUGCAAGGACUGCAAGUGUUGUCCCGGAAAGAAUACCUGUGAAUGUAAGGAUUGUGGUUGCAAAGAUGGAGGAAAAUGUUGUUGCGGAGACAAUUGCAGUUGUUGUAAAUGCGACCCAUGUACUUGCAAGGACUGCAAGUGCUGUCCAGGAAAGAAUACCUGUGAAUGUAAGGAUUGUGGUUGCAAAAACGGAGGAAAAUGUUGUUGCGGAGAUAAUUGCAGUUGUUGUAAAUGCGAAUCAUGUACUUGCAAGGACUGCAAGUGCUGUCCAGGAAAGAAUACCUGUGAAUGUAAGGAUUGUCGUUGCAAAGAUGGAGGAAAAUGUUGUUGCGGAGACAAUUGCAGUUGUUGUAAAUGCGACCCAUGUACUUGCAAGGACUGCAAGUGCUGUCCAGGAAAGAAUACCUGUGAAUGUAAGGAUUGUCGUUGCAAAGAUGGAGGAAAAUGUUGUUGCGGAGACAAUUGCAGUUGUUGUAAAUGCGAAUCAUGUACUUGCAAGGACUGCAAGUGCUGUCCAGGAAAGAAUACCUGUGACUGCAAAGACUGCGACUGCAAAAACGGAGGAAAAUGUUGUUGCGGAGAUAAUUGCAGUUGUUGUAAAUGCGAAUCAUGUACUUGCAAGGACUGCAAGUGCUGUCCAGGAAAGAAUACCUGUGACUGCAAAGACUGCGACUGCAAAAACGGAGGAAAAUGUUGUUGCGGAGAUAAUUGCAGUUGUUGUAAAUGCGACCCAUGUACUUGCAAGGACUGCAAGUGCUGUCCAGGAAAGAAUACCUGUGACUGCAAAGACUGCGACUGCAAAAACGGAGGAAAAUGUUGUUGCGGAGAUAAUUGCAGUUGUUGUAAAUGCGAAUCAUGUACUUGCAAGGACUGCAAGUGUUGUCCCGGAAAGAAUACCUGUGAAAGUAAGGAUUGUCGUUGCGAAGAUGGAAGAAAAUGUUGUUGUGGAGACAAAUGCAGUUGUUGUAAAUGCGACCCAUGUACUUGCAAGGACUGCAAGUGCUGUCCAGGAAAGAAUACCUGUGAAUGUAAGGAUUGUCGUUGCGAAGAUGGAGGAAAUUGCUUUGUAG